AUGAACGGUCUUGGUAGUGAACGUUCCAUGGAUCUUAAGCAGAUUGGAGAUAAUUCUACAGUGGUUUUGAAUUCUGUGUUUGAUGCAUCUCAGUAUGCAUUUUUUGGGAACGAUGUUGUUGAGGAGGUUGAGCUUGGUGGAUUGGAAGACGAAGAAGACGAAUUACCGGUUGCUGCAAUAGAACAAGAUUUUGUCUUUGAUAAGGAAGAGGUUAUUUCCAAACCUCCAUCUUUAUCUCUUCCAUGUCUCCUUGUUGAGAGUGUUGAAGUUUCUACAGCUCUGUCCGACGUUGAUGAUCUUGCUAGUACGUUUCCAAAGGUCAACUAA